AUGGCAGCUACGGAUGCAUCUGUUACUCAACGUCGAAAACUAGCAUUAAUCAUCAGCAAUGGUAAUUAUAAAAGAAAGAAAAAUAGAAUCGAUGAUUCUAUGAUGAAUGGCAGAGAACUUAUGGACUUGCUCAACACGAUUGGUUUCGAAGUCACUCUAAAAGAAAAUCUUUCUACAAGCACAGAUAUAAUGGUUGAAGUUAAAAAUUUUGCAGAAAAACUCAAGGAAAAUGAUAUAGUUCUGUUCUAUUAUUGUGGUCAUGGUUGGCAAGUCGAUCAACAAAACUAUCUCAUUCCCACUGAUGAUACUCGGUUGGACAUGAACACUAUUCUGAGUUUGGGUGUUCCUGUUAAUCGAAUACUCACUCGCUUGGUAAACGAAAUAGGAGCUGAUGAAACACCGCCGCAUUUGGUUAUCUUCAUUCUUGAUUGUGGUAGACCCUAUAGACUGGAAAACAGAGAAAGAUCUAUCGAUCAAAUUGUACAACCACAAGAUUUCCAUGAUAUGGAUGCACCUCGCGGAGUACUGAUUCUAUUUACGCGUGAACCGAAUAGAACAAUUGGCAAUAAUCUAUUUGCGGAACGUUUACUUGGAAUGAGGAAAUGGAAAUCUAAAGGUCGUACUAUUGCUGGUGGUGCUGAAGAUUGCAGCGGUCCUGGUUCUGCAUUGAACCGACUUAAUUGUCCUCGAGGUCUGACAUUCACUCCUAAACAAGCGAUUAUCAUCGCUGAUACUUCAAAUCAUCGUAUUCUCAAAUACAAUCCCAAUGAUAUUGUCGGUCAGAGAAUCGUCGGUCAAAAUAUACCGGCUCAUCAUGACCGUGCGUUAUGUGCGCCUACGAACGCUAUUUUUCAUGAGCAAUUGAAGAGUUAUAUCAUUUGUGAUUAUCAAAAUCGCCGUGUUUUGCAAUGGAUACGUAAGAGACAUGCUCGUUCAAAAGUGUUGAUUGAAAAUAUUGCUUGCUAUGGCAUAGCCAUUGAUCACGAAGGACAUGUCUACAUUUCUGACACUGAAAAACAUGAAGUUAGACGCUACAGUGAUUUUUCAAAACGAGGUGUCCGUGUUGCCGGUGGCGAUGGGCCAGAAGACAGCCUUCAUCAACUAAAUCAUCCAACAUAUUUGUGUGUUGACUCGGAGAAAUCUGUGUAUAUAUCAGAUUCGUGGAACAACCGUGUAAUGAAAUGGAAAAAAGGUGCAAGAUCAGGUAUAGUCGUAGCUGGUGGAAAUGGUCGGGGAGACAGUUGUACGCAAUUGGAUUAUCCCACCGGAUUGGCUAUCGAUCAAUGGUGUAAUCUUUAUGUAGCUGACCACUGGAAUCAUCGGAUCAUGCGCUUUCGUGAUGGAGCAUUAACAGGUGAUAUUAUCAUUGGCAAUAAACAUCUUCCAAGAGAUGACCCACGCCAAUUAAACGGUCCUGAAGGUUUACUAAUUGAUAAUGAUGGAAAUAUCUAUGUCGCUGACACUUAUAACCAUCGCGUUCAGAGGUUCGAUAUCAAAAUAGACUAA